AUGAAAAUGUAUAUUCAACUAGUAGCCGUCCAUACGCGGAAUUACUUGAGCAAUUUAAGCAAAUCACGCGUCUACCGGUUUUCAAAGAGGUACCAGAGCAUUCCACGUGUCAUCACAUCGAGACGACGGGUCCUCCGGUACAUACGAGAGCAAGAAAAUUGCCACCGCACAGGUGGGGUCAUUGUUGGUGCGCGCGCUGGGCCGCAGUGCCGCGCGGUACUCUACAGUAGUCAGUACAGUAGUGAAACUGCCGCUGUCGAGCGAGGGCGGUCCCGUCUGCCCACAUCGUACUUCGCGCCAACGAGUAUCUUAGCCAAGUUAUGGCCAGUACCUGAUGGUUUCUUCCCGCGGCGGUCGUCCUUCAGGACAGGAGGGUAUGGAGAGGAGAGGAUGCCAGGUCGUGUGGUGAGCCGAGGGACGCCCGUGGGCGAAGUGAGCAUGGCAGACAACCCGUUGGCGACGUUCGAGUCGUUGACCCAGGCUGGAGUUAUCGCGGUGGUGGGAAUCGCCAUCAUCAUCUCCAAUCUGCUCAUUAUUGCUGCGUUUCUUAAUUUUAAAGGUCUUUCGAGCGAGGUGAUAAACUACUACCUGCUCUCGCUGGCGGUGGCGGACCUGCUGUGCGGCGUGUUCGUAGUGCCGCUGUCUAUCUACCCGGCCAUCACGGGUCGCUGGAUGUUCGGCGACCUGAUGUGCCGCCUCGUCGGUUACCUCGAGGUCACGCUGUGGUCCGUCUCGGUUUACACCUUCAUGUGGAUCUCGGUCGACCGUUACCUUGCAGUUAGGAAACCGCUCCGUUACGAGACGGUUAGUCUGACGGUCCAAACGCGAACGCGAAGUCAAUGCUGGAUGGUGUUCACAUGGAUAUCGGCAGCUAUGCUCUGUUGCCCGCCACUCCUCGGUUAUAAGAAAGACGCCAGCUUCGACAAGGAGACCCUCAUCUGUAUGCUGGACUGGGGCACAACGUACGCUUACACUGCGACCCUGGCCAUGCUAAUUCUCGGCCCCAGCGUCAUAUCCAUCGUGCACAACUAUUGGUACAUAUUCGCCAUGAAGAGAAAACUGAACAGCGGCGCGCCCAUUCACGACAAGGAGUAUGCGACGGCCCUCGCCGAGAACCUUGCUAACCCCAGCCACUGGAUGAGCUUCGUCAUGGUGACAAUCUUCUGGCUGAGCUGGGCGCCGUACGCCGGUGUCCGUCUCUACGAAUACUUCACUGAACAAGAGCUGAAAAUACCGAUGCUCCACUUCGGAAUGGUGUGGGUGGGGAUACUGAAUUCCUUUUGGAAAGUGAUCAUCCUCAUCUCGUUGAGUCCACAGUUCAGGCUCGCGCUGCGAAUCCUUUGCCUGACGGCGUGCUGCCGCUCCAAGGGGCGCCUGCAAGCCGAGCUGAUCGGGAUGGACAACGACGAUUAG